CUGCUGAAAGGUCUCACAGCAGUGCAGAUAAUACAUCAACUGAGGAGAGCUCGGAGGAAGAGGAAACCCAUGAAGAGGAAGAGGAAAGAGAAUCAGAAGAUGAAUUGCAAUGAAAGCCUAAGAUACAACUCCGACACGAGACCCAGAGCAGAACAUCACAGUGACGAGCAGCGUCAGGCCAGCUGUGAGAAGUGUAAAGCUCUGAAGAAUCCCAAAUAUGAGCUCGUCACCCCCAGGAAAAUGUCUCAAGAUCGGCUACAGCUGCAGCUGGAUGCGGAGGGUGUGUAUGAGUGUUCAGACACGGGGCUGGUGUUCGAGGUCUCUCAGCGUGUGAAGAUCACCUACUGUGUUCUCUCCUGGAGCAAGUUUAGCACCUACUUGACUGGAUCCUGGAAAUUUGCUGGUCCCAUUUUCGAUGUGGACUGCGAUCCGUCUAUUCUCAAAUCCGUGCAGUUCCCACACUCACUGUGUCUAGCAGAUAAAGACAACGAGGUGAAGUUCAGCGUGCUGCACGUGAAGAACAGCUGUGGUCUGAUCGAGCCCUCGGCCGAUCACUCCGGCAGUCACGUCAGGUGGAACGUGUCGUCUCUUUCUCCCGUGGGUCCGAUUGUUCAGACGUCUAAAUCAGCAGAGCAUCAUGGGGUAGUGCAGGUGUUCAAGGAGGUGGGCCAUGAGAACUCCUUCUCCUUCAGAGUUUACCUGGCUGGAAACAACUGCUCCGACAUCAAGGACAUCAGGAGGGCCGUUCGGCGGGCGAACAACUGUAAGAACAACAAGAGGUACAUACAAGUAGACAAGCCACCCACAUGCAUGCUGGAGGAGAACAGGAGGUACCGUCUCAUCAGCGAGCCCAUGGGUCACAUCACACCAGAGGACAUGCUCUUCUCUCCUGUCAUCGUGGAGGUGAAGGGAUACUUCGAGGUCUUCUUUGAGGAGAGUCCUCCCUUCAAAUUGUCCUUGACAGAUGCUGACUCGAGUCAUACCGUAUGGACAGCUACCAUCAGAGAGGGAGACUGCGUACAUCAUGUUGAUGAAACCCCCAAAAAACCAUCCAAAGGCAGAAAGAGACAGAGCAGCACAUCAGAGGAAGAGCUCUGUCACAAGCACAGUAAGAAAGCGCGCGGCAUUGACGAGGCCGACUGUAACGUGACGGCCGCGGCUCCGGACCUGACGGACCAGCAGCUGAUGCAGGUGGCCAAACGCAUGGGGAGGGAGUGGAAGGUCGUGGCCAUCAGCUGUCUGGGCCUCAGCAAGCAGGACCUGGAGGAGAUGGAGGCCACCGAGGAGAGCGUGACCAUGCUGAAGUUCAACAUGCUGGAGCGCUGGAGACGACGACAGCCCAAGGGGAAAGCGGGAAUUCAGGAUCUCCUCAAAUGUUUGAAAGACAACGAUGACGUGCCCAAUGAGGUCAUUGCUGCGCUGGACGAGAUGCUACAAAAGAACUCAGCCACAUGAGCAUUAGCUGUCUGGAGUCUGUGGACUGACAGAUGGUCAGGAGUCAUCUUAACCACUGUUCGAGAGCGAUGGAGACGUCCUGGAAGAGCAGGCCGGUCGCGCUCUAAUCUGGACGGAGAUGUUUGUGCUUCGACUGGAAUCUGGUGCUUUCUGGAAAACUGAGCUCUGAAUACACCAGACACGCUUAGUAUGUCUGUAGACUGGUACACUUUGCAUGCAUCUCUUUAUUUUGUGCUUGCAUUUGUAUAUUUUUUAAGAUACUGUACAUAUUUGAAUGUCUUUGUAAGGACUGUACAGUAAGUAGAACUCCGUUUGUUUUGUUGCAUUAUGAGCCGUGAUCAUCUGCACUUGUUUUUGAGGAACAGGCUGAUUUUGAUCUCAGGUGCCAUCGUUCUCUGAUGGUUAUGGACUGCCGUUAUAGUAAAUAUGAUAUCAUGAUAUUCAUGCAGAUACGGGCUCCAUCUACACACGUGUAAUCAUCACUGUUCGUGUGAACGUCCACACAUGUGACUGGAAGCGUCUCUGAAGCGUUUGUUGGGUAACCUGUACGAUGCGCUGUCUCAGGGGAGUCUUUAUUCUGACCUUUCUUUAAAUCAAUAAAUCAUGAAAAUGAAUGAAAA